GUAGUAGUAGUGGUAUUAUUAUUAUUAUUGUUGUUGUUGUUUGUUGUUGUUAUUGUUGUUUUUGUCGUUGGUGUUGUUGUUAUUUUAGUGAUACACAUGUGUACAGAUGAUUCAAUCAGCGAUGCACAAGGAAUGUUUCUUGACGGAUUCGUACCUGGCAACAUAGGCAUCACCUGUAAAUGUUCACUUCAGGCAACAAGAACACUUCAGAUUGGAAUUAGUCAGGUUUCAAUUCCUGAAAAAAUGUGUGGAUCACAGUUAACUAUACAGCGAAUUCAACAACAAUGGACAGUGAAAUAUAAUUGCAGAAAUGGUGGGAAUGUAACGUUACGGAGAAAUAUUGAUGAGACAGGGUACUCAGUUACUUUGCAAACUAGUGCGACACACAGCGUGGAUAUCACUUACUGCAUCAACUUCUACAUUACAGUGGAUCAGGUAGUUUGAGUCUUCAGUGUUAUUCGCCAGGAGACAAAACCACAGUCCCGAUGACGACACAGUCAACGACCAAGACAACCCCCGUGACGAAGACAGAUACACCAUCAGCUGAUAAGGCUUGCCCAAUAGAAUCAACACAGCCUACUUACUUUCCAGUGGUACACCUGUGUUCAGAUGAAUCAAUCAGCGAUGUACAAGGAGUGUUUCUUGACGGAUUCGUACCUGGCAACACAGACAUCACCUGUAACUGUUCACUUCAGACAACAACACUACUUCGGAUUGGAAUUAGUCCGGUUUCACUUCCAGAGAAAAUGUGUGGAUCACAGUUAAGUAUACAGCUAAACCGGCAACAAAGGACACUGAUGUAUAAUUGCAGAACUGGUGGAAACGUACUAGCGCAUCACCACAAUGUUGAUGAGAAAGGGGCCUCAAUUAUUCUGCAAACAAGUGCGACACACAGUGUGAAAAUCACGUAUUGCAUCAACGUCUACAUUACAGCUGGCUCAGGUAGUUUGAGUCUCCAGUGUUAUUCACCAGGAGACAAGACCACAGUCCCGAUGACGACACAGUCAAAAGAAUCCACGAGUUCAGUACCAACACGAUCAGUGACCAAAACAAUCCCCGUGACGAAGACAGUUCCAUCAUCAGGUCAAAAACAUUUCCCAGUUGCAGCUGUAGCGGGCGGUGUUGGCGCUGUCGUGCUGAUUGUUGUAGCAGUCAUUGUUGCCGUCAUCGUAUUUGUUAAAAGGAAAAACGCAACAAAACAGAAUCAAACUACAGAUGACGAUGGAGAUUAUGAAAUUAGUGAUGUUAACCCUAAUAACGCUGAUGCCAACACAAAUAACAAUGUUAACUCGUAUAAUACUGAUGACAAGGUUGUCAACACUUACGAACAUCUACAACACAAUACUGUACAGUAUGUUAACACGCCGUCGAGUGUUGAUGAAGACCACGUGUACCUCCACGUCAAGGAACCAACACAAGGAUUACCUGACGACUCGCAGACGACAGAUUAUUAUAACAGUGUCAAACAAUACUGAAUCGUACAUUUAUUACUCCAGCGGUCAUUCAUACCGGGACCGACCUCUGUGGUGUCGAGGUUAAGCCAUCGGUUAUAAGGCUGGUAGGUACUGGGUUCGCAGCCCGGUGUACCCAGAGCGUGUUUUAACGACUCGAUGGGUAGGUGUAAGGUCACUACACCAACUUCUCUCUCACUAACCACU